UUUCCAAAGAUCCGGCUUAUACAGAAAUAUCCUGAAUAACUUCUUUGAUCGUUUAAAGGAGUAUCGAACGUGCCGAAAAAGGGUGUUUUUCAAAAGGUGCGACUUUUCGGACGAUGCUCCAAUUUUACCGAAAUCUUUUGUUACUUGAUGACAAUUGGGGAUAUGUGAUAAUCGGGAGCAUUCUGUUUAAUCGCUGGUCCUUGGUUUUCAUUGGAUAAUGCCAAGUGACCAAUACAAAUACUGAGGAAGUGACGGCUCUUUGCAAGAAGACACGCGUCGACAACAACUCAUACUUUGUUAGAAAGCGCAUUAUGCAUAAUAGUACUUCACCACGCGAGUCUUUAUUCGAAGAGUUCCAACUCGAUCAAUUCCUCUCAAACAAGACGACGGACACCACGAUGACUACCUUGCUACCUUCCUCCUACUCUCAACCGAUGAAGAAGCAGAUUGAGAUUCUAGAAGCUGAAUUCAUCAUCAACUCACGCCCUGAUAUCACUACUAGAGAUCGGCUGGCACACACACUCAAACUCAGUAACCUCUUGAUUCAUGUUUGGUUCCGGAACCGUCGUCUAAGGCCUAGUCGCAGUCCACCUCAGAAGGUAGUUCUUCAGACGAGCAAAGUCGACAUGAAUGACCACCCCAAUGAUCUCGCCGUCUCCAAGAAAAACGCCGAUGUACGGAAGUCGUCGUGCAACGUCGCUGAUCACCCCAUAGAUCUCUCGAUUUCCAGCAAGGCCAGUCGAAAACGGAAAUCGCCAUGCGACAUCAAGGAUCACGAGAGGACACAUCAGCCCUACGAGAAACCAGACAUCAUUCCGACAUCGAUGACGUCAUCGAGCUACCAUCCCUCUGAUAGUGGCGCCAUCCAGCACAGAGCAUCACGUGACAGACCGAGCGGCCCUAUCAGUUCGCUGAUGUCUGUUGACUUUCUCUCCCGUAGCAGCCGUAUCGACAGGACGCCAAGUCGUGACGUCAUACAUCUGUUCAGAACGCCGGUGUUUUAUUCGUCAGUUGCCUUUCCGCAUGUCACUUACUACCGUCGUUACAACGAUCUUUAGACUCUGUAAACUUUUCACAACGAAGUAGGAAUGUUUUGAUCCUUGUUAUAUUCAUAUCUGUCUUGAAUUAAGACAAGAACUGUACAUAAUUAUUGUUAGUUCUACUAUAACAUGAUUUUCUUGCGGUUGAGUUAUGGCUGUUACUUCAAUUUGUUUUUCGUUGUUGAAAUAAACUGUAGAAUUCAAAGUUUUUCAUCACAAAGUAUAGGAAUGUUGUAAUCCUUGCUACAUCGAUAUCCAUUUUGAUAUUAGACAACAACUGUUCACAUUAAUGUGUGCUCUGAUAAAUAAAAUUGUUGUUACUUCA